AUGUCUCUGUUUCAGUGUGACAAGUUUCUGCUGUUCCCGAGCCCUGCACCGCCGGGUACCGUCGAUGCUACUUUGCAGCCAGACAUCGCCACCGGUUGCCAUCUGCCGCGCGAUGCGAAAUACCGCGCCGAGCUACAGACACACGCGCUCCAAAUCACGCGCUCUAAAUCACGCACCCCACCACCCGUGCUCGGCCCAGUAACGCGCGACGACAUCUCUCCUCAACGGCGAUUCUCACGCCCACCAGCAACCGCCCAUUGCGGCCCUGCAGCGCCUGCUGAAGCGGGAUCCGACAAGCGCGAGCCCGCGACAAUGCGCUCCCAUCCGUACACGCCGCCGCCGCCGCUGCCUCCGGUCCUGGACGAGCUCGCCGACGAACUGGCCGCCAUCCUACCGAACCAAGAGGGCGCGCGCCACCGGCGAGCGAGCGACGGCGAGGUGGAGAUGUGCGAGCUGGACCCCGACACCAGCCGCCUGCUGCCCGUCCGCCCGAAACGGCACCAUGUGCGGAUCCAGGGGAAGCUAGUUCUCGUCCGCAGCAUCUCGACGGCCAACCUGCGGCCCCCGCCGGGGCGGAGACAGUCGGUGUCCCCAUCUCCCGGGGGCACCACGCCAAGAAGCGCAGAACUACUGUUCGAGUCAGCCGGGGUCAGCAAGCUGGCGGCCCGGCGAUCACGAGCCCGGCGGAGUCUGAGCCUAGACGACGGGGCUGCGAGGCAGGAAGCAGAUAGAGCUGCCAGCGACGACACCGAGACGGAGGAGGAAGCGCGCGACACGAUAACCCGCGACAGGCAGCUUAGAGGAUACGGCAUCGGCGGAGCCGGGAAUAUCCGGCGGCCGACCGAGGUCAUCAACUUCCCAGCGAGGCGCCCAGGCUCCACGUUGUCGUUGUUGUCGAGCGUGCUCCCAUCGUCUUCGCCGACGUCGCCCAUGUCUCCGUCGACCCCGGACAGAAAGCGUUGGAAUAUUCGCGAGAUGUUCGGGCUGACGGCCGACCGGAAGGGAAAGUCGAGAGGGAGGGAAAAUAGGUGA